GUUUUCAGGUGAGUCACAUCUACAAAACACACCUUAUAUAGGCCUAAACCUCGCUCCACAAGUGCUGUUCAGCUGUAUUUCUCUGUUUUUGUGUAAAAGCAGUGAAAUGGCAGAAGCCAGUAUUUCAGUGGUUCAGGAUCAGUUCAGCUGUUCAAUCUGUCUGGAUCUACUGAAGGAUCCAGUGACCAUCCCCUGUGGACACAGCUACUGUAUGAACUGUAUUGCAGAGUACUGGAAUCAAGAUGAUCAGAAGAGAGUUUACAGCUGCCCUCAGUGCAGACAGACCUUCAGUCCAAGACCUGCUUUAAACAAGAAUGUGAUGCUGGCUGAAAUGGUGGAGAAACUGAAGACAACAAAAGUCCAAACAGUUUUUCCUACUACAAGUCAUGCUGGACCUGGAGAUGUGGAGUGUGACGUCUGCACAGGGAGAAAAUACAAAGCCGUCAGGUCCUGUCUGAUGUGUCUAAACUCUUACUGUCAAAAUCACCUUAAACAACAUGACAGAUUCUUUAAAAACAAGAAACACAAUUUGGUUAAUGCCACUGGUCGACUCAAGGAGAUGAUCUGCUCUCAACAUUGCAGACUGCUGGAGGUUUUCUGUUCUACUGACCAAAAGUGUAUUUGUUUUUUGUGCACGAUGGAUGAACAUAAAAAUCAUCUCACUGUUUCGGCUGAAGCAGAGAGGACCGAGAAACAGAAACAAUUAUGGGACAUUCAAAGAAAGUUUCAGCAGAGAAUCCAGGAGAAAGAGAAGGAGCUUCAGAAGCUGAAAGAGGCUGUGGAUACUCAUAAGCGCUCUGCACAGGCAGCAGUGAAGGACAGCGAGAGGAUCUUUACUGAACUGAUGCACUCCAUUGAGAGAAGACGCUCUGAGGUGAUACAGAUGAUCAGAGAUCGAGAAAAGACUGAAGUGAGGCGAGCUGAAGGACUCUUAGAGCAACUGAAGCAAGAGAUUGAUGAUAUGAGAAGGAGAGACACUGAGCUUGAGCAGUUUUUACACACAGAUGAUCACAUCCAUUUCCUACAGAGUUUCCAGUCUCUCUCUGUUGUCCCUGCAUCUACAGAAAACAUCAAUAUCAGUUCAUUCUUUUCUUAUGAUAAUGUGCGGAAAUCUAUCUCUAUGCUUCAGGAUCUCUGUAAGGAAGCAAUAGAGAGUAUAUUUAGUGUUUCUUUGGCAUAUGUCGAGAUUGUUUCCACCCCUGAGUUUAGGACCAGAGCCGAGUUCUUGCAAUAUUCCCGCCAGCUCACCCUGGAUUCGAACACUGCACAUAAUUACAUCCGUCUGUCUGAAGGCAACAGAGUGGCUACAUUUAUUGGGGCUGAUCAGCGGUAUCCUGUUCAUCCAGACCGAUUUCAUGAUUUUUUUCAGGUGUUGUGUAGAGAGAGUGUGUGUGGACGCUGUUACUGGGAGAUUGAGUGGAAUGGGAUGUCCGGGGUACAUAUAUCAGUGUCAUAUAAGAGCAUCAGAAGGAAGGGAAGUGGUUUUGAGUGUGGGUUUGGGUUAAAUGAUCAGUCCUGGAGAUUGUUCUGCUCUAAAUCCCGUUACUCAUUCUGUCACAAUAGCAUAAAGACUGAACUCCCUGUGAUCUCCAGCUCCUGUAAAAUUGGAGUGUAUGUGGAUCACAGUGCAGGAAUUCUGUCCUUCUACAACGUCUUUGACACAAUGACCCUCAUCCACAGAGUCCAGACCACAUUCACUCAACAGCUCUAUCCUGGGUUUAGGAUAUAUUUGGGAUCAACAGUGAAACUGUUAUCUCUGUAGAUUAUAUGAAUAAUAGUGUCUUAUUACAAGUUUAAGCAUCAUGUGGGAUGCUUGGUCCAGUCCGAUCCUCACCUAACCUGGUUAACAAAGGUGAUGGCACUUAUAUUUGUAAUGCAUGUUGUAAACACUCUUGUUUUUAAUGGUGAUAAACAGGCUAUUAAAUAGGUUAUAUGUUUCAUUCAAUAGUGGCUAAAUGUAUCACAGUUAACAUUUUAACAGUUUUGUUGUAGCAUUUUACAUUCUUUCAC